AUGGCCGAAACAAACGGCACUGGCUCUAACACGCCGCUUGGCGAUUUGGGCAAUAUAUCUGCGGGCCAGGUUCGUCCUGGUGGCGCACCUGCGCGCGUCUAUCUCAAUGAGAAGGUCGUCCCGUAUCUGCUUGACGGGAUGAAGUCUGUUGCGCGCGAACAGCCUGCCAAUCCUCUCCGUGUGCUCGGCGAGUUCUUGCUUCAGAAGAGUAAUGAAGUGGAGGGCGAGACUAAGAAGGAGUCGGAGUAG